UGUGAUUGGCUGACGGCGACAAACGGAAUUUAUUUUGAAUCCAAGUCGGCGCCAUGGUCAACCUGCCUCGUACAAUGAGAACGAGUGAAUUUGAUUCUUCAGAUGAGGAAACAGAAGAAGAGUACCAAUUGCCAGUGCAAGUAACCUGGUUGCCUUUAUCAAUGGUGAACAGCACCCAAUUCCUUGGAAUCUGUGCAUUGCCAGGUUGUAAAUUUAAGGAUGUAAGAAGAAAUCUUCAAAAAGACAUAGAAGCACUCUGGAGACACAGCAUACAGGAUGUAUUUGUGUUCUGUACCAAAGGAGAGAUGGGAAAAUACAGGGUUCCAGGCUUAUUGGAAUCCUAUCAGCAACAGGGAUUCACAGUGCAUCACUAUCCUUUUCCUGAUGGAAAUGUUCCUGAUAUUUCCAGCUGCUCCAAAAUUUUGGAGGAGUUGAGAAUUUGCUUGGAAAAUGACAAAAAGACCCUUAUCCAGUGUUAUGGAGGCCUUGGGCGUUCUUGUCUAAUUGCAGCCUGUCUUCUACUUCAGCUAUCUGAUGCUAUGUUUCCUGAGCAAGCAAUUGAUCUCCUUCGAGAAUUGAGAGGAGCUGGCGCCAUACAAACUGUGAAGCAAUACAAUUACUUGCAUGAUUUUCGGGAAAAUAUGGCAAACUAUCUGGCAACAAAAGAAGACUCUGCAACCCGAUCAGUGUCGAGAUAAAAUGUUUUAUAAAAUCCAGUCUAUAAAUUUGGGUUUAAUUGUUGUAAAUUGAUUAAUUGUAAAUAUUGCAAAUGUCUAAAUUCUCUGGAAUUACCAGCUUUGUGUACAUACAUUUGGCACUAUUCAGGGUUUCUCAAAAUAUUGUUUCUAAGUGGAAUGCUAUCAAAAAAUCAAAAUAAAUAAAACACCAAGUUCUGCAGUUUGUAAACCAAUGCUCUGGGUAGCUCUUAAUACAAAAGUUUUAUUUAUCAAAACCACCUUUAGAGAAAAUCAAACCAGAAAUCUAUUUGUUACUUGUAUAACUCUGAAGUACUGAAAAAGGGAUUGGUUAAGAUUUGUUAUCAAAUUUUAAAUGUAAUUGUGAAUCAAGACUGAUGCUUUAAUCUUACCCUACCUUGUGAUUUCUCUGAAACUUUAUGUAUAUUUGGCAAAAAAUAAAGUAAAAUUACACAAA